AUGGCAAACUAUCUCAGAAUCUACUCAAAACUGAACUACAAUGUCAACACCACCAUGUCUCCUCUGAACGUUACCCUCGACAUGAUCAACGCCACACCCAAGCCGUUUAGCGUUUUCGAUGGGUGUGAGGACUUGGUGGAGGCCGUUCUUUUUGACUUAAUCGUGCAGUGCGUAAACGUUUUUCUGGGAAUCCCGGCUAACCUUCUAGUCUUGGUGAUUCUAAUCCGCAACCGGAAAGAACCGUCAACCUCCGACAUUUUCCUCGGUUGCCUGGCAGUCAUGGACGCCUACUUUGGUAUCAUGGUACCCAUCAGCUUCUUGAACCUAUACUACUGGCAGAGUGUGGAAGGCUGGAGAGCCAUAAAGUUUACCUACGGCGUUAAGGACACCAGCGGGCCGCUCUUCCUGUCCUGUAUCUGUCUGGAUCGUUUCAUGGCUGUGCUCUGUCCCAUUACUUUUGGCCGGUUGAAGGACAGGAAAUACAGAAUAGGCCUUUCUAUUCUAGUACUCAUUCUGACAUUCUCCUAUGCCGCAGCCAAAACCAUUGGUGGCAUCCCCAACUUUGAGAAGAUUUUCACCAGCGAGAUCCUGGCGGCCUUCGCCUGGAUGAUGAUAUGUAAUGUCGCCAUUCUGUGGGCUCUGAAACGCUCGACCGGAGUCGGGAAGGACGAAAUGCACCCCAUGAAAAAGAAGGCGUUUAAGAUGGUGUUGUCCAUUCUGAUCAUUAUUAUAGCCAAUUACCUGCCACCUGUAGCUCUCUUCCCUUUUGAGGACCACUACGAUCCUCAUGUGUUCACCUGCUACGUGCAACCUGUGGGAUUUGCCUUCGUGAACAUCAGCAGCAGCACUCAGCCACUCAUCUACCUGUCCCGUCUGGAGAAGGUGCCCUUCCUGCCCGAGAGCUGUGUGAGAAAACUCUUCUGCAAAGACAAGAACGAGGCCUCCCCUGCUUAA